GGCGAAAGAGAUAAUUUACAAUUAAGAAUCACCGAAUUAGAAGCUACCUUAAAACAAGAACAGGAGAUUCGUACUGAGGAACUCAAAAAAUUAACAGAUGCCGCCAACUCUUCAAACAAUACACAAGAAUAUCUAUGAUGACUUCAUUCGAUUAAAGGCAGAUCAUGAAAAGUACAUGGCAGGUUCAGGCAAAGGUACCAACCUUAAAGCUCCUCCCAAAAUAAAUUCCAAAGCCAAAUUUAGAUAUAAUCGUAUAAAUUCUGGGCUUGACCAAGUCGGAAAGAUUCAAGCUUAUUUAAAGAUCUCGAUUGAAACCCUCAAAAGGGUCCAAUCGGAUUUGAUUGAUCAACCGAGUGAAUUGCAAAAAUAUUUUGCCAACAAGGAGACUGAAUUCGAACUCACCAAAGAGAUGGCGAGAGAUCUCAAAUGCAGGGUUCACCAUCUCGACAAGGAAAAUAUCUCCCUCCGAAGCCGGCUCGAAUCUUCCGCUACUGAAUAUGACACCAUAAAGAACGCUCUCAAUAAUGAAUGUGCUAAAAAUCUUCAUAUCACCCAUUUAUGGGAGGCCCUUAAUAAGCGCUUGGAGUCAUACAAUAAGUUUUCUAAUGAGAAUGCCCAGAAAAAUAAAGAAACUAUGGAACACUUGAACCGUGAAUUACAACACACACGCGAUGCAUUAGCUUUAGCAAAAAAGUUGCCAGAUAUUUACAAAUCGAUCAGUCAACAAGAGCUCCUCCAAGAAAAGUACGAAGAGGCUGUUAUCGAGAUUCGCUUGCUCAAGGAGAAGAUUGCUGAUAAUGUACAACAGCUCUCCAAGGUAAAUCAAGAUAGAUUUAAUGACCAAGCCAAGUUAGUUGCUGCUGAAGAGCAUAUUCAGAAUUUACUAUCACCUGAUUCACCUACCGCUGGAGACUGCACAAAUUGUUAUGCUCAUAUUCACAAUUUGGCUAGUGCAGAGGAUCUUAUUUGUGUCUUGGAAUAUGAUAUAGAAACUUACCAUAAAGUCAUUGAAAAUGAUGAAAUAAGGAUUGGUGAUCUCAUUAAGACACAUGCCGAUUAUGUCACUCAUAGUCAAAUUUAUAUUGAAAAAUUGGAAAAAGACCUCGAAAUCAAGACCGCAGCUGUAGGUGUUGAGCAAACUGAAGCCGCUCAAUGGGCUAAAUUUGAAGAAAGUCUGGAAGAGAGCUUACUUGAUUCCGAAAAGCAAUGCGAAGCUUUAGCUGCUCGUGUCGAAAAGCUCAAAGAGCUUCGUAAACAGUAUAAAAAUCCGAGUGCCAACGCUAAUAUUGCAACUCAACAAUAUAUCGUUCAAUACAACACACUUCAAGCACAAAACUUGGCUUAUUUCCAAGAAAACACAGCUUUAAAACAACAGCAAGAACAAGCUUUGGUCGAAUUACAAAAGAAACAAGAAGAGAUCGCACCUUUACUUUCUGAAGUCGAACUCUUAAAGGAGCAACAUAAUGUUGCUCAACGCAAAAUUAAAACUCUAUAUAAAUCUCAAAAAGAACACACUGGUCGUUCACUACAAUGUACUUCCAAAUGUAACGUAGUAGAUUCUGCUGAGAGUGAGAGUUUUGAGGUAGAAAGGAAGUUAGGAGUAAUAAGGUUUGAGAAAAGGAUAUCCGAAUUAGAAUCCCUCAAGAGGAAAAUAGAUUUGGAGCAAGCGAAUCUAAAUUCGGAAAUUAUCGUGAGAGGUCGUCUCUCCAUAGAAUGGAAAAAAAAGUACGACGAGGUGCUAACAAACCUCGCAGAGCACAGAACCAAACUUAAAGAUUGUGAACAAAAACUGAAGGUCGCCGAAACAGCUAUUGUGACUGCCAAUAACCAAAUUGUUUUAAAGGAAGAAGAUAUUGAAGAAGAAAAGAAGAAGUUAUUGGAAUCAUCAAAAACUAUGACAGAUGAUUUCUUGACUUUGGAGGUAUACAUGCAUGAAAAAAAAAAAAAAAAGCAAUGAGACUGAUUUCAUUACAGAAAAAAUACAGCAAUAUUCAUAUCAGUAACGAAGAGGUUGAAACA